AUGGGUGAGUCGUUUAUCGAUUUUUUGGUAAAAUACUGAGCGAUUUCAGGUAGGUUUGGCAACCAAGUAGAUCAAUUCCUAGGUGUUUUGGCCUUUGCAAAGUCUCUCGAUCGGACACUGGUUUUGCCUAACUUCAUCGAAUUCAAGCACCCGGAAACUGUGAGCAGUUGAAUUAGAUUAAAGUGAAUUAUAUGUCUGUUUUCAGAAAAUGAUCCCAUUCGAAGUGUUGUUUCAAGUGGCGUCGGUCAAAAAGUAUACUCGUGUGGUAACGAUGCAUGAAUUCACAAAACAGAUUAUGCCGAAAGUGUGGCCUCUGGAGAAGCGAAAAGGUAAGUACUUUUCAGAUGUUUCCCUGUCAUUCAUCUGCCUCUGCAGCAUUCUGUUGGACACCCCGAAAAGCAAUCUACGACAAAAAAGCAGAGCCAGGUUGUCAUGCGAAGGAAGGAAGUCCUUUCGGGCCUUAUUGGGACCACAUUGGAGUGAGCUUUGUCGGCGACGAAUACUUCGGAGAGAUUCCUGGUGGAUUUGACACCAAUCAACUGGGGAGCCGAAAAAAAUGGCACGAGAAGUUCGGAGCGGAAGAAUAUCCAGUUCUCGCCUUCUCCAGUGCGCCUUCGGCAUUUCCUUCGAAAGCAAAAGUGUGGAACAUUCAAAAGCACUUGAAGUGGUCCUCACGAAUCACCGAACAGGCAAAAAAGUUUAUUUCUGAACAUUUGGAGCAUCCUUUUGUGGCUGUACACUUGAGAAACGAUGCUGACUGGGUAAUCGAUACAGAAAUUGUAUACUUAUUCAAUAGUUAUCCUUCAGGUUAGAGUCUGCGAACACAUUAACCCAGAGAGCAAUAGACCUCUGUUUGCAUCUGAACAGUGCCUAGGAGAAGGGCAUCACUUGGGAAAGUUGACCAAGGAAAUGUGCUCACCGACCAAGCAGCAGGUCGCAGAACAGGUCAGAAAGGUUCACUGAAAGACUGAAUUAAAUGGAACCGUUUCAGAUUGUGGAACAAGUUGGAAAAAUCGGUGCGAAAUCGGUAUUCGUGGCAAGCGACAAGGACCACAUGAUCGAUGAAAUCAAUGAAGCAUUGAAACCGUAUGAAGUGAGUUCUCGAAUGUUCUUCGUAUAAUUUGAGCACUGUUUCAGAUCCAUGCUCGACGUCAAGAACACGACGAUCUGUACACGUCAUUGGCAAUCCUCGGGCGCUCAGACCUGUUUCUCGGAAACUGCGUAUCGACAUUCUCUCACAUUGUUAAACGCGAACGAGAUCACGCAGGGCAGACAGCAAAACCGUCUGCCUUCUUUGGUGUUCACGUAGUCAAAAAACAUAUUGAACUGUGA